AGUGUUUGAUUUGAUGUUCCACGAGUUUUCGCCGGUCCAUUUCAUAAUACUUUGACUAUGGGGAACGUAAUAGGGAACAGCACAAAGCGAAUAACUCGGUUUGCUGGGAGAUUUAAUCUCGAGAGUCGAGUCAACAAGGUACUCGAACAGGAAAAACCACAACCAGCACCUAGACACGAAACUACAGCGAAAAUCUUGGAACAGUUUGCAGUUGACCACCCAGAACUAUUUGAUGAGCAAAAGAAAAAAGAUUCAGAUCUUCAUGAAAGACUGAAACAGAUACGAAUUGACUCAACAGGAAGCCUUCCACAGAUAAAAUCACGUCCUCUGCCUGAAAGGAAUCGACCAAGUGAACCAAAAAUAUCAGGAUACAGGGGUUUUCUGGAUCCACAGAAUGUGCCUGAGGGGAGAUUGUCUCUUAAAAAUAUCAUGAAGAUUCUCACAAAGGUUCAAGAAACACCUGUGUUAGAUCCAAAUGCUGUCAAAAAUAUAGCAAAGGAAUAUAAAUUAGAUGUACUACAAGUGCAGCAGUUACUGAGACAUUUCAAAGCUCUGGAAAUGAAAUUCCCAGAUACCUUACAGAAGAAACAUCCAACUCUUGCUGAAGAUCUAUCAAACGUUGGCCAUAAAGGUGUAGAUAAUUGGGUCAGUGAUAUCAAGGCUAAUAAGGAGGCCGGUAAAGAUCUAGUAGAUGAUGCUAAGGAAAAAGUAUCUCCAAAGUGGAAAAAACCAGACAGUGACAAGCCCGAACAGUUUCAUAGUGAUGAAGGUGAUCUUAAAGAACAUGACUGGACAGAAAUAAAAAAACAACUCAACAUAAAGAGUAGCAAAGAGGAGUCAAGGGACAAACAUAUGUCAAAUGUAAAGGAUCUUAAAGAAGGGGAGGCAACUAGUAAUAAUGACACACAGUCAUCUGAUAUAUCAAAGGAGAAAUCUUAAGAGAAUUUGAAACUAUCAGUGAGUAAUAUGAAUAGCUUUCCAACAAACUGUCAUCAAUUGAUGAAUGUGAUAUUAUUGAUGUGUAUGUGAUUCUAGGUGUUACAUUUGUAAGUACAGUAUAACCCUGAUGUACCAACGCUUUCUGUUAGAAGAGAUUUUGGCUGUACCACGAGUUUGCCUGUACAAAAUGUUGUCCCUGUUAAAUGACAGAUGAUCAAUGUAUGCUUCUUUAAAUGCGUAAAUAUCCUACACUUGACAAUAAAUAUAUCAAUUUACAAUACAAUUAUUUAUGCCGAUCUUUUCACACCCCAACGUUUUUUACACAAUACUGAAAGUUUAUUUUUUUUUAGCAGUAUUCUAAUUUCGGCACUUGUCAAUGAGUCAGUUGUCACACUCUAAGUAUGACACUAUGAUUGCGCUAGUUUAAGUUUUUGUUUAUAGUUUCCUACUGUAGUGUUAAGAGAGUGCCAAUUCAUCCAUGCACCAAUCAGUUAAAAUUUGAUAAAACACUUAAAUUUGUGUCAGCUAAAAUAAAUUUGUGUCAGCUAAAAUAAACUUGUGUCAGCUAAAAUAAACUUGUGUCAGCUAAAAUAAGUACGCUUACAGUGAUUUGUUCUUAAACAGACAUAGCAUAAAUAUUGAACUAGCUGUAGUAUAACAGUCAGUGUGACAUGGGAGAAAUGAGCAUUACUACUAGAAAGUACCAACAAGAGUGUCAGCUUCAUGACCGGUAUUUACCAGGUAGUAGUUCUACUAGCAUUUAAAUAAAUCCUCAAAUGUUGUCUGCUUAGCGGUGUUAUCUCACACGUUUGCAAGAAUAUCUGUUUAUCAAAUCUGUAGUCCUGGUACUCUGUUUCACUGGUGGACAAGUGGACCGAGCUCGAGCCAAAGCAAGGUACACUAUGUCAAUAGCAUCUUUGUCACAGUCGAUCUCGCAGGUAUAUCGUCCUAUGGUAAAACCUAAAUGGGUUGUAAGCAUAUGUCCAUUUAGAUUGUCUCACCAUCAAACAUAAAUCAGGAUUGAGGUAAUAUCAGUUUAGACUGUAAUAUAGACUGUAGAUCCACAUCAUUAUCUGUGGUAGUCUCGUGUGUUACACCACACUAAAACACCACAGUCUGUCCUGCUUGGAGGAAUGUUGUACAUGAAUAAAUAACAAAUAGUAUCUUAGUAAAUAGUAUUCAGGUUUAAAUCUAAGGACAGCAUCUAAAAACUGACCCCUGGUCUCAGUCAGCUGUAAAGUCCACAACCAAAACACUCGAGUACAUUUCUGUGAUGUUUGUGUGAUGUUAUCGAGGCUUGCAAAAAUAUUUGUAAAACUGAACUACAUAUCAUGGCUGAUUGGUUUAACCUGUUCUGACAAAAUUGAUGGCGGUAUGUAAGCUCAAGUAAGGUGGUACAACAUACGGGUAAAAACACAUCACGGUAAAUACUAUAUCAUAGGUAUGAAAAGCUGUGUUUACUAAUCAAGUUAUAUCUAAACUUGUCCAUGUGUCCGGAAUAUAAAUGAGAAUCAGAAAGUGUAUAAAAAGCUGUGUUUAAUAAUAAAGUUAUAUCUAAACUUGUCCAUGUGUCUGGAAUAUGGAUGAAAAUCAGAAAGUGUAUAAAAAGCUGUUUAAUAAUAAUGUUAUAUCUAAACUUGUCCAUGUGUCUGGAAUAUGGAUGAGAAUCAGA